GUACACAGCAAAUUGGACUGAUAAUAACCAAUCAGAACCAGAAACAAGCGACACUCCACUGAUCCUUCAGAGUUCAGACAUCGAUUCUGCUAGGAAAGACGUGAUUAGCGCCAAUCAGUUUUUCAGACCCAGAAACAAGCGACACUCUACUGAUCCUUAACAAUGACAGCUGAUUCACAAUGUACAUUUGCUAACUCCACGAAUUGCCAAAUACUUGUAACCACAGAGGGCUUCAUUGAAGUAAGAAACCUCGAGUAAACUAAGUUAGUUCGAAUGAUUAAGGAGUCAAAGAUACCAAGGGUGAACACCGCCAAGAAACCAAUUUCACCAUCCAAACACAAACAGCAGGCCGCUUUAACAAAAUGACCCAGCAAAAUUCAUUAGUAUUGAUAUUAGAGGACAAGAGAAAGGGAAAACCUUGGAGAUUCCGCUUAGCUUGAGAGGAGAAGAAAGCGACGAAGCGUCACAAGAUACUGAAAAGGAACCAGCUUUAACAGCCAUUUACACCAAAGUUUUCUAAACUAUGUGUUGCAACGAUGAGUCGCCGCCGCCUAAGUCGGAGACUUUAAACUAAAGAACGUCCACACCCAUUAAGCCAGGAAGAGCCAUUAGAUAUUUCUCGUCGGAAUUGACGGAUUCAGUGAAACUAAGGAAUUGGAUUUUGGAGUUCUUCCGCCACGACGACGCUGACCAAGCGAAGUGAAAUACAAGACUUGGGAAGAAAAGAAACCAGCGGCCCCGUUAGUCGAUUUCUUGUUUCUAUCAUAUAAAUAGGUGCUCUCGUUAGGGUCAGGCAGGCUAGGUGAUAUUGGGUUACUACUUACUCGGUUAGCGGGUACGCUGAUAAGCUAAUCGAUAACCGGUAGUUAACGAUCUAUCUGAAAUGAUUUAUGAUGUAAUCGAAUAGUUGUUUAACUCUUAUCAAAAACUAAAUUAAUAUAAAUAUUUAUAUUUCUCUUCCUAAAAUUAAUCAUGUCCGUUCCAAAUUGUCAGAACAGAAGCGUGCAAUCGAUAAUCUAAACCAGCACGAAUGAACACAAAUUUAACGUGGUUUACUAAUACAAUGUGUGCUAGCUAAUCCACGGGCAGGGGGAACAAAUUUCACUGAUUUGAGGAGAGUAUAGGUUACAAACCAAAUUCCAAACGGACAAACCAAACAAAUUAAGCUGACUGACCUUACUACAGACUAGGGUGAUGAAGAGUAUUUAUAGAACUCUUCUCCUAAUCCCAAACAGAAAACCAAACACAUUUUCUCAAACAUACAAAGUCAAACAAAGCCCAAACACAAACUCAAACAAAAUAGACCCAAAACACAAAACAAACCCAAAUCAAAUUCAAGUCAUAUUCUAACAAUCUCCACCUUGACUUGAAUUCUCUCUCAAAUACCAAAUGUACCAGAUACAACCAAAGUUGUCAGAUGUACCUGAUGCAACCAAAGUUGCCAGAUGUACCCAGACGCGAUACAUAUCGCCAAAUUUACCCAGAUGCUAUCGUAAUCGCCAGAUAUCUAGAUGUGAUCGAAAUCACCAAACCCAAACGCGAUGCAAAUCGCCAAACUCAAAUUCAACCAAAAUUUUCAGACACCAAACUCUUCAAAUCUCUGAAUUUGCCAGAACCUCCCCUGCCUUCAAAUGGCCCUAGGGCGGUUAACAAAUCAAAACAUGCAGCAAGUUCAACACAUGUUGUAACUUGCCAUCUAGAACUAGCUUGGUGUUAUUUCCGUCCAUAACACCAAUAUCAAAUUUACCUUUAACUCCAAACAUGCAACUCCAAACUGACUUCUCAAUCUUUAUACUGAUAACAGCCAUUCUUACUAUCAAACAAACUCCAACCAAACCUCUCACCAAACAAACAAACAAGACCAAAUCCGAAUCUCCACCAAAAGCAAAUAAUGGCCACUGCCAACCCAAAAUCCAACAAAAGCUUCAGCUGCUUGCUUCCCGGUGGGUGCGGCAGAAUUUUGAUGAUUAUCACAAUAAAUCCACCUCCAAACAGACCACCACAAUUAACCAAACGGAGAAAUUUAAUUGUGCAACGAGACAAAAACUUAAUUGUGCCACGAUCACACGAAGCGUUCUUGGAUGUUCUUGCCUGCGGUCUCCGGAUUGGAAUUGCAAGGUUUGCAAUUUUACCCCCUCGCAGUCAGAUAUGUAACCAGAAGCUCCGGUUCAAAAUAGUACGCAAUUCCUUGAAACUCAACCAAGCUCUGAUACCACUUGUCAGAACAGAAGCGUGCAAUCGAUAAUCCAAACUAGCACGAACGAACACAAAUUUAACGUGGUUCACUAACACAAUGUGUGCUAGCUAAUCCACGGGCAGGGGGGAACAAAUUUCACUGAUUUGAGGAGAGUACAGGUUACAAACCAAAUUCCAAACGGACAAACCAAACAAACUAACCUGACUGACCUUACUACAGACUAGGGUGAUGAAGAGUAUUUAUAGAACUCUUCUCAUAAUCCCAAACAGAAAACCAAACACCUUUUCCCAAACAUACAAGGAAAAGGUCAAACAAAACCCAAACAAAAUAGAUCCAAAACACAAAACAAACCCAAAUCAAAUUCAAGUCAUAUUCUAACACAAAUAUUCUCGAACUUCGAGCAAACAAUCUCCUCUCUGCUCGACCCUCUUCUUCUUUUCUCAAUUUCCUCCCAAUAGAACCCUAAAAUUAAAAGAGGCAAAUAGCACCAUCGAUUUUAUGAUUGAAAUGUGAGCAUCAAGAUUGGAUUGAGAAGAUCAUAUGACUCAUGGUAAAGGUAGUAUAGCAAAAAUCGCGUCCCAAUUUCUUGAAUCAAUGACUUUCCACACAUAUAUUGCACUCAUCACGCUUCUCCUUCCUCUCUUUCUUCUCUUGGUUUCAAUAAAAACAACAACUCACCAAACAAACCAAAAUCAAUGAUAAAAAUAUGAAAUAGAACAUACAUGGGGGAAUCUAAAAAGGGUACAAUUUUUUUUAAAAGGGACAUUUUGUUGGUUUAGUUAUAAAUUAAAUAUAUUGUCUAAUUUUGUUGAAUCACUUGCUAACUGUUGUUGGUUAACCGACAUAAUAAUAAUAGCUUACUAGUAUAAAUGAUACGGUUAACGGUAAGCAAAAAUUACUUAAUGGUUAACCAAUAACCAAACAAACGAUUACAUUUAUAAGUGAACCUACUAACAUGCGUUGGUUGGCCGUUUAAUGUAUGGUCGACACCAUGUUCAAAUCUUUUUAACUAUAAUAAAAUGAAAAACCAUCAUAGCAUCGUUAUGUAAAAGGUAAUACCUUUCUAGCAUCAUUUGAAAAAAAAAUAUAUACAAAAGCUCUUUGAUUUUCGUGUUCUAAAGGGGGUUAUUUUCAAUUUUCAUUAGAACUAAUCCAUCAAAACUUUUUAGUCAUUUUAAAACACAAAUAGGACUUCAACAAUCAAUAUACAUGCCUCGUGUAUAUAUGUAUAUGAUUCAUGCUAGGGCAUACACUAUCCUUACCAUAUGCCAAAAAAUUUUGUUAUUUAAACAAUGAAUUAACCGGUGUUACAAUAACCUCUAACGGUUAACCUCAUAUCCCAAUUCCCUAAACUCAAACAAUAAAUUGAAUUUAAUAAAAAUAAUAGUUGACA